AUGUUCGAAGAUCCUGCUCCAGGAUCGAUGUUUUCUGCUAAUCAGCAAUGCCAGUUCGUAUUCGGACCAUCAGCUGAACUUUGUCCAUAUAUGCCUGCAUGUCGCAGAUUAUGGUGUGCGACAUAUUAUGGAUAUCAAAUGGGCUGUCGUACGCAGCAUAUGCCUUGGGCUGAUGGUACACCGUGUGGGAACAAUCAGUGGUGUCACCGUGGUGAAUGUGUUGGUAUGGCCCCGCAGCAACGAGCGAAGCAAGAUGGCUCUUGGGGUGAAUGGAAAAAUUGGGGUGAUUGUUCCAGAACUUGUGGUGGAGGUGUUCAAAAGGCACUACGUGAUUGUGACAAUCCACGACCUAGUAAUGGUGGCAAAUACUGCGUAGGGCAACAAGAGCGUUAUCGACCAUGUAAUAUUCAAGAUUGCCCAUGGGAUACACCAGGUUUUCGGGAAGUACAGUGUUCUGAUUUUGAUAAUCAGGAUGUUGGAAUUCACGGAGUACCUCCAAACUCUCGGUGGUUGCCAAAAUAUACCGGAAUAAGUGACAAUGAGAGGUGUAAACUGUAUUGCCGACUUAGUGGAUCAGCUGCAUUCUAUCUGCUGAAGGAUAAAGUUUUGGAUGGCACUCCAUGUUAUCGACAUGGAGAUGAUAUGUGCAUUGAUGGCACUUGUCAUAAGGCUGGCUGCGACCAUCGUUUAGGCUCUGAAAUGAAACGUGAUAAAUGUGGAAUUUGUGGCGGUGAUGGAAGCACGUGUCGUGUUGUAUCAGGUAGAUAUAACGAGCGUGGAUCAUUUGGGUACAAUGAAGUAUUGAAGAUACCUGCUGGCUCCGCUAAUAUUGAAAUUACUCAACAUGGAUAUCGUAAUCAAAAGGAAGACGAUAAUUAUCUCGCUUUACGAAAUGCAAAUGGAGAGUUCCUGCUCAAUGGUCACUACCAAGUAUCCGUUUUCCGUCAACAGAUUUCCAUACAAGAUACUGUACUUGAAUAUUCUGGUAGUGAUCAUAUCAUAGAACGAAUCAAUGGUACUGGACCUAUACGAACCGAUAUUUAUCUGCAUGUUUUAUCGGUUGGAAAUUUAUAUCCUCCUGAUAUACACUAUGAAUUUAUGGUACCAGCGCAAAAUAUGCCAUUUGACUAUGAAACAUCAAAUACCAAAUACUACUGGCGUAUUACUGAACGUUGGUCAGAAUGUUCCUCACUAUGUCAAGGUCAACAAAAACAAGAACUUAUUUGUGUUGAUGCAACAUCAAGUCGUGGAGUGAAUGAUAAUUUAUGUACUUCUCAACGACCACCAACAGAAACUCGAAUGUGCAAUAUUAACUGUACUAUCAAGUGGCGUACAAUACCAAUAGAUUCGUGCAGUGCAACUUGUGGACGUGGAGAAAGACGUCAAAAAAGUGAAUGCAUUCGCAGUUAUAAUGAUGGACAAAAAGUAACAAUUUCAAAUUCACACUGUCGGCAGUUAAAAAAACCAAGUGACCGUGCACAGUGUUAUGUUGAUUGCUCAGGACGCACAUGGACUUACUCUGAGUGGACACCGUGUUCGGAAUCAUGUGGUGUUUCUGGAGUCAGUCGUCGUCAAGCAUUUUGCAGCGAUCAGAACAAACGACGUUUAGAUGAUCGUUCUUGUGAGCAAGCAGUGAAGGAAAAAGUAGAAAAAGAAUGUAAUAGGAUUCCUUGCCCCAAAUGGGUCUACGGAGCAUGGAGCGAAUGCUCUCGAUCAUGCGAUGGUGGUGUAAAAGUACGACAUGCAUCUUGUCAAGAUGCUGCCGGUCGUGAAGUACAUCUGACUAUGUGCGAUAGCAAUGAAAAACAUGAUCGAGAGAAAUGUAAUAAUCAGAUUUGCACUCAAUGGAGAUUCGGCAAAUGGAGUGGUUGUUCGGUGAGUUGCGGCGAUGGUACUGAAAUGCGAGAUGCUGCCUGUAUUGAUCUCAAUGGUCGACAAGUUGAUCAGAGUUUAUGUGAUCCUCGUGAACGAAUCGUUCAAAAGCCAUGCCAUCGAAUGGUUUGUCCCAGUUGGCGUCUUGGAUCAUGGACUGCUUGCUCGGUGUCUUGUUCUGAUGGUUGGAAAACUCGACAUGUAUCAUGUGUUGAUGCUAGUGGACAUGUAGUAUCUGACGAGCAAUGUUUGAGGCAAGGUGAAGCUCGACCCCAGAGCCAUCAAACAUGUAAUCAGGGGCAGUGUCCAUUUUGGCGAACAUCUGAUUGGUCUAAGUGCUCUGUGUCUUGCGGUAUUGGAAUCAGAAAAAGAAAUGUUGAUUGCAUAUAUCGUGACCAAAUUGUUGAUGGCUCACUCUGUGCUGAUACACCAGUGUCAAAAGUUGAACAGUGCAGCUUACUUCCGUGUGCGAGAUGGGAAGUACUUCCUUGGUCCCAUUGCUCGGUUACAUGUGGUACUGGUAUUCAAUCCCGCAAUGUACAAUGCUUACGCGGAAAAUCCGUCUUACAUGAAAGUGAAUGUGACAUGGCAAUGCGUCCAAAAAUGGAGAAAACAUGUGAGCGUGACAACUGUGAAGCUCUCACUCAAAACAUCAUCGAUAAUGCUGUAAAUGAUCAGCCGAAAAUUCGAUGGGCUAUUGGACCGUGGUCAGAUUGUUCACAAACAUGCGGGAAUGGAACACAGCGUCGUCUUGUACUAUGCCGUGAUCAAGUUCGUGAUCUCACUGAUACGUACUGCCAACAUCUAGAACCUGUUGAAACUUAUCGAUAUUGUCAGAUAAAGCCUUGUGCUCAGUGGACUGUUGGACCUUGGAAACCGUGCUCGGUUACUUGCGGUGUACAUGCAACAACUGAUCGUCGUGUAAGUUGCGAAUCAACAGAAGUUAGUGAAAAAGUUCGAGAAACAGACUGUGACUUAACGAUUCGUCCGCAGUCAAUCAGAUCAUGUAAUCUGAAUCCUUGUCCAAUGGGUGAACCGCCUUUGGGAACUUGGAUUACCAAAGAUUGGGAAAAGUGUUCCGUUUCAUGUGAUGGUGGCUGGCGUAGACGUUUAGUCUUAUGUAAUACAAGAUUUUGUAAUGAAAAAGAGAAACCGGAUCAGUUUGAACGCUGUAAUCAGCAUAAGUGUGCUAAAGUAUCCAACGUUUGGCAAAUGUCACCUUGGUCUAAUUGUCCAGUGACCUGUGGUGGUGGUUUACAGAGACGCACAGUGUGGUGUGAAGAUGAAAAAACACGUGAACGCGUUGCAGAUACAGAAUGCUUAUUACCUGAAAAACCCACUAGUGUAAGAGAAUGCAGUACAGUAGAAUGCAAAGUAACCGCAAUAACAAACGAGUACUAUCAGUGGUAUGCAGGGAAAUGGAGUCCGGUACGUAUCUCUAGACGUAAAUAUCAUAGAAUACGUGGGACAUAG